AUGCGAGCACACGGACUCAGUGGGAUGGGCCAGGAGAGCGGGACGGAGGGCUCCGGGGGCAGGAGCCGGGUGCGCCUGGGCCCCGGCGAGGCGCCUGCCCCCCGCCCGCCCGGCUUGGGCAUGCUUGGCACGCAGCGCGCGGGCCGGUCGGAUCCGUAUGCGCGCCGCGUGCGCCUAUUGGUAUGCGGGAGCCGGCCCGGCGCGGGCGUGAGGCGGCCGCGCUGGCGGGCGGCGCGGGGGAGUUGGCGGCGGCGGCGGCGGCGGCGGCGGCGGGGCACGUCCUCGCCCCGAGCUUCGCCUGGGGCCGGGCAGGGCGAGCAGGGCGGGCUCCGGAGACGCGGGUCUCGAGGCUGCCCUGAGCCCGCCCCCGCGGAGAUGGCGGCCCCCUACCCCAGCAGUGGCGGCGGAGGCGAGGUCAAGUGCGGGGGAGGUCGUGGCCGCAGCGUCCCGUGGGACUUUCUGCCCGGGCUGGUGGUCAAGGCGCCGCCCGGACCUUGCCUGCAGGCGCAGCGCAAGGAGAAGUCCCGUAACGCGGCGCGCUCGCGGCGCGGAAAGGAGAACCUGGAGUUCUUCGAGCUGGCCAAGCUGCUCCCGCUGCCCGGAGCCAUCUCCAGCCAGCUGGACAAGGCGUCCAUCGUGCGCCUCAGCGUCACCUACCUCCGCCUGCGCCGCUUCGCCGCCCUCGGGACGCCGCCUUGGGGACUGCGGGCCGCGGGGCCACCGGCGGGCCUCGCCCCCAGCCACAGGGGCCCCGUGGCGCUGGUCUCCGAGGUCUUCGAGCAGCACCUGGGAGGGCACAUCUUGCAGUCCCUGGAUGGCUUCGUGUUUGCCUUGAACCAGGAAGGGAAGUUCCUCUACAUUUCAGAGACCGUCUCCAUUUAUCUGGGUCUCUCACAGGUGGAGCUGACGGGUAGCAGUGUCUUCGACUACAUCCAUCCCGGGGACCACUCAGAAGUGCUGGAGCAACUGGGGCUCCGGGCGCCGCCGACUCCCGGGCCCCCCACCCCGCCCUCCGUCCCCUCAUCUUCCUCCUCCUCGUCUUCCUCCUCGCUCGCAGAUACUCCCGAGAUCGAGGCCAGCCCGGCAGAGGUGCCCUCCUUCUCCCGGGCCCAGGAGCGCUCCUUCUUCAUCCGCAUGAAAUCUACCCUCACCAAGCGGGGGCUGCACGUCAAGGCCUCGGGGUACAAGGUCAUCCACGUCACGGGGCGCCUGCGGGCCCGCUCCCUGGGGCUGGUGGCUCUGGGCCACACGUUGCCCCCGGCGCCCCUGGCUGAGCUGCCGCUACACGGACAUAUGAUCGUCUUCCGCCUCAGCCUGGGGCUCACCAUCCUUGCUUGUGAGAGCAGAGUCAGCGACCACAUGGACCUGGGGCCCUCGGAGCUAGUGGGCCGCAGCUGUUACCAGUUUGUCCACGGACAGGACGCAGUCCGGAUUCGCCAAAGCCACCUGGACCUCCUGGACAAGGGUCAGGUGAUGACCGGUUACUACCGCUGGCUGCAGCGAGCUGGGGGCUUUGUGUGGCUGCAGUCUGUGGCCACCGUGGCCGUGAGUGGCAAGAGCCCCGGGGAGCGCCACGUGCUGUGGGUCAGCUAUGUGCUCAGCCAAGCCGAGGGGGGCCAGACCCCUCUGGACACGUUCCAGCUUCCAGCCAGCGCGGCCUGUGAGGACGCAUCCAGCCCAGAGCCAGAGCCCACAGAGCCAGAGCCUCCGGUGGAAGGGAAGCAGGCUGCCCCCCCGGACAAGGAGGAGGCGCCCCGAACCCGGGGCAAACGCAUCAAAGUGGAGCCUGGCCCAAGGGAGACGAAAGACGCCGAGGACGACAGCGGGGAGGAGGAGCCCGCCAGCCACGCGGCCCUGCCGAGGCCCGAGUUUACGUCUGUCAUCCGGGCGGGGGCCCUGAAGCAGGACCUGGUGCGACCCUGGGGCCUGGGGCCUCCUGGAGACCCCCCGCCUUCCCUCCUCCACGCGGGCUUCCUGCCCCCCGUCGUGCGGGGCCUGUGCACGCCCGGCGCCAUCCGCUACGGCCCCGCGGAGCUCGGUCUCAUGUACCCGCACCUGCAGAGGCUGGGCCCGGGCCCCGGCCUCCCCGAGGCCUUCUACCCCACCCUGGGCCUGCCGUACCCGGGGCCCGCGGGCACCAGGGUGCAGCGGAAGGGUGACUGAGGACCGGAGAGCUGCCCCCAGAGCCGGACCCUGAGGGAGGGGCAGGGCCUUGAGGGCGCA